AUGGUGGGAAAUGAUAACCAAUACGAACAGUUAAUAGAAGAAUAUAAAAAACUAAACCCAACAUCAAUUAAAACACCAAUAAUCCCCAAUCUACCUAUAUCAUCUAUAUUUAAUAAAGUUUUAACAUUUAAAUUAAAUAAUAAUAACUAUCAAAUUUUAAUAUCAGUAACAAUACCUAAUAUUAUUCAUAUUUAUUUUGUUGGAUUGAAAGAGUUUAAUAAAAAUGAAUAUAAUAACUAUAAAGUAAUUAAAAUCAUAAAAACGAAAUAUUCAAUCAGAGAUAUAAUAAUAUUCAGAGAUAAAUCAAUAACAUAUUUACUAUUACCUUUAUCAAAUAAUUCUCUAUGGUACAUUAAUAUAAGUAAUCAUAUUGACUCAUUUAUAAAAAAUAAUAUAAAUCUUGGUGAAAAAAAGAAAGAAAAUCAACAAAAAGAUAUAAAUACUAUUGUCUUGGAUGAUUAUCCAUCCAACUAUAUAGAUACUAUUGAUUCAAUUAGAUAUGUGUAUUAUAUAGAAAAUAGUAUACCAAUAACUAACUCAUCACAACAGCAGCAACAAAAAUCUAAAACUUCCUCAUUAAUCUUCUUAUUAAACUGUGACAGCAACUCGAUGUUUUUAGAAUCCAAAUCAUUAUUAGAAUCAAAACUUUCAAUUAUAUUUCAAUCAAAAAAUAUUGUUUGUUUAGAUUACUCAAAUACACCCAAUAAUCCAUUUAAACCAUUAUUAUUUACCAACGACAACAGCAUUAAUAAUAAUAUUAAUGAUUAUCAAAAUAAUAUAGUAAAUAAUCCAAUUUUAAAAGUUUUUAAUAUAGAAUCUCUUAAACUAUCUCUAGAAUAUAAGGAAAGAAAAGAUAAAAGACAGAAAACUAUUCAAAACAUAUCAUCACCAGAUUCAAAUUGUGAAAUUGCAGACUACAAAAAUUUAAAAUAUAUUAAUUUUUACUCUUUUCCGAAUAAUGUAAUUUAUUUUCAACUAAACAAGAAUGAAAUUGAUUCAGGGUACACAACAAUAUCAUUAUUGACAUUUGAUGGCACCAUACACCUUUAUACAUUAAUUCAUAACAAAGAUACUAUGGAUAUAAACGAUGACGAAAUCGAACCCUCACCAAACCAACAAACAAAUAAAAAGAAAUCAACAAAAUUUGCAGAUUAUUUAAAUGAUUUUCAAACUUCACAUCAAUUAUUAGAUUUAAAAAUUAAAGAAAUUGAUUCAAAUAUUUUAGAUGUAAAUAAAAAAAUUAUAUUUUUUACAAAAUAUAAACAACUUUUAAAGAAUCAAAAAGAUCUAGUGGUAAAGAAUAAUGGAAACAAAUUUUCAUAUUUAUUUCCUUGUAAAACGACAGUUAUGGUAUCUCCAGUUUUCAAUUUAUUAAGAAGCGGUGUAAAUAAUAAUGAUUUUUUGGUUAUCUUAAGAUUAACACUAUUAAACAAAUCAACAAUGGAUUUAGGCGAUGGCUGGAAUCUUAUGAUAAGGUUCACAACAAAUGACUUUCCUUUCCAAACAGUUAACAGUCUGUCCUAUCCAAUGGAAAAGCUUCAACCAAACUCCACAUUUAGCUUUGAAAUACCGUUAGAAUAUAAAUCACUAAAUAGAUUCAGAUUUGUUGUAUUUUUAUCAUAUCAAACAAAUAUAAAAAAUAAUAAUAAUAGCAAGCCCAACAUUGGUGGUAUAAAUAUUUUGGUUUUAGAGAAACAAAUUCACCUGUUUAACCUUUUAAACAUAGCUCCGCCAUCCCCAAUGUCAUCAAUCAUUCAGAAUCAAAUACUUAAUCCGAUUAACUUUGGUUCAAUUUUUAAAAUCUUCAACUUUAUCAAUAAUUUUAAUAACAUUUCACAAAGCUCGACGAGUUUAAUUUCCCAACCAAUCACUAUUUCGUAUCCAUUGAUAGUCUAUGAAAUUUUAGCGAAUCAAACUGUCACAGGCCAGGUUAACCAAAAAAAUCCACAGCAUCAAAACUAUCAACAAUUUUUAAAUUUAAUAUUUAACAAACCAAAUAACCCCAAUACCAAUAUCACCAAUUAUAACGAAUUAGCAUUGGAAUUUCAAACGCCAUAUAAAGAUAUAGUUAAAUUUAGAAUCGAACAAAAUGAAAAAAAUAGUUUUAGAUUUAAUUUUGAAAGUAACAAUUCAAUUUUAAAACCUUUAAUUAUUCAAUCACUAUUAAUUCAGUUUUCAGCGCCAAACAUCCAAGACGAUUUUAAGAUAUCUGAAGAUUAUAUUGCCAAGAGUUUAGCUAUUUACAAAGAAAGAUUCAAUAAGUGGAAAUUACUGCUACAAAAACAUCAUCCUAUUCCGCAUCUUCAUAAUCUAAUUUCCAACCAAACCCAAAUGAACGAUAAAUCAUUUUAUGAUGAAAUUAAUAAAAUAAUUCAACUAUUCGAUUCAUUUUAUUUAUUUUAA